AUUUGUGCUCUCGCCGUACUCCAGCAGCACCUACGGAACUAUGGAUGGAUGGAAAACAGGCACCUCUAUGAUAUGUAGGCUGCUACUUUUAUUCGAAGGGGUGCGUUGUACAUAUUUUCUUUGGAUAGGGAUAGCGCUACCAGAGCGAGAAAAUUUGGCGUGAUUUUCGUAAAAUCGAAGUUUUCAAAUGAUUAUAUUUAGUGAGGUUUUUGCAAUUAUGGAUAAACAUUAGUGGCGGUGCAUAAUGUCGGUUCUAAAAUGCCGCAAAAAAGGGGCGUAAAAGCCAAACAGCGUGGACUUUUCGGGAGUGUUAUCAAAGCAGUGACAAUACAGCUCUUGAAUGGUGUAUGUUUUCCAGUUUGGAUAAAAUUGUGUCAUUAAUAAUUGCCAUAACAGUUGUCCAUUUUCGGUAGUGGCUAGUUGAUGGUUUCAAAACGACACGGUUAGAAUAAUACUCAUGGGCCAUUGGUAAUGCUUAUCGGUAGUACGCGAGAGCAAAAAAAAAUUGUUUCAAUUCUAUAUCAACUAGAACCAAAACGCUCGACUGAAUGCGGUCAGCAAUCAGAGUUCAGUCUUUAUCCGAACGUGGCACAUGAAAUAGCGUCGUCGUGAGCAGUAAACCGUGCGGUAGUUACCAUAGCAGGCGUAGUAGACGAGGAAAAUGUCACGCAGACGAAACAUUUGCAUUAAGGCACGAAUAAUUGUUUCAAUAGUGUACAGCAAUUAACCAAAGUGGGCGGUGUCAGUUUUCAACCAAUCAUCCUGCAAGUUAUAUAAGUCCAGUGAUAUUUUGGCAAGGGUUCACAGAAAGGACCCAUUAUUCAUGACACUAGAAAUCGAUUACCUCAUAUUGCGAGCAUAAUUAAAGAAAGAAAAAAAAACACAUCGCAGCAUCAGGGGCGAACAUGGAACGAGAAUUCACUCCAAUUACGAGCCAAUAGAUGUCCGCCCACUUUCCUGUUGGCCCCUCUGUAUGAUAAUCUACGGCAUACCUAACUGAAUUGGAAUUCUAAAUAGCAGCAGACAACCACAUCAGCAACACAUAAUCCUCCACUCAUUCGAAACAACGGGAGCUGAGACUGAAUCUCAUAAUACACAUUAGAAAUGCAUCGAUCAUGAGAUUUCCCAAGGUAUCGCCGAAAAGUGUUUUCUUUCUUGUUUUAUGUUUCGCCGUUCUUGUGCUGCUAGUUUUCAAUCUAAGAGAGCUGAAUAGUAAGUCGUCUCACCCCGUCUACAACCGCGCUGAUUACCAAGUCGAUUACAACAAUCACGAUAAUGCUAAGAAUGAGGCCCCGCAAACAACUGAGGUACUCGAUCGAUUGGGCUUAUCGGAUCAUGACGACGACAAACUGGACGUCCAAAGCCAAACGGGCGACCAAUCGCUGAACGCCAUGAACGAGAUCAUCUACAGCGAGCGGCCAUGGUACUUAACGAAUGGGGUACGCUACCCGAAACCGGUGCGACGCAACCGGAAAACGAACAAACGCAUCGCACGAUUGCUCCCGUCGGAAACAUCUCGGAGCGAUCGGAUAACCAACCAGCUGAUGUUUGUUCCACCGAACUACGAGGCUAUCAAGCGGAAGGGUAAGCUGAAAACGAUCCUCCUGUACAACGGGCUGGGACCGUGGAACGUGAAAGCUGGCCGGGAGGUGUUCCUGAAUUCGAAAUGCCCCGUGUCCACGUGCAGUAUUACGUCCGCACGGGAAAAGGCCAUCACGGCGGAUUUGAUUCUGUACAAAGAUCACUACAUUCCUCCGGCCGUGCCUCGGUCAGCGCACCAGAUUUACAUGAUGUAUUUUCUGGAAUGCCCCUACCACACACAGCACGUCAAGUUCCCCGACGUGUUCAACUGGACGGCCACUUAUAGAAAAGACAGCGACGUGGUAGCGCCGUACGAGAAGUGGGAGUACUUUGAUCCGCGGAUUCGCCAGGCUGAACAAGACCGCAACUACGCGCUCAACAAAACCCGCAAAGUGGCUUGGUUCGUGUCUAACUGCGGAGCCAGGAAUGGACGGCUCCAGUAUGCCCACGAGCUCCAGAAGCACAUACAAGUGGAUAUCUACGGUGCCUGCGGGACGUACAAGUGCUCCCGUACAACAGCAGACAAGUGCUUUGAAAUACUUGACCGAGACUAUAAGUUCUAUCUUGCGUUUGAGAACUCAAACUGUAAGGAUUACAUCACGGAGAAGUUCUUCGUGAAUGCCUUAAAUCGUAACAUCUUACCAAUUGUGAUGGGAGCUCGUCCGGAGGACUACGAAGCCAGUUCCCCGCAAAAGUCCUAUAUACAUGUGGAUGAGUUCGCCUCGCCGAAGCGUCUUCUUGCACAUCGUAUAACUAUUAAGCCCAUGCCCCGCAAACAACUGAGGUACUCGAUCGAUUGGGCUUAUCGGAUCCGACGACGACAAAUGGACGUCCAAAGAAACGGGCGACCAAUCGCGAACGCCAUGAACGAGAUCAUCACAGCGAGCGGCCAUGACUUAACGAAUGGGGUACGCUAUCGAAACCGGUGGACGCAACCGGAAAAACGAAACGCAUCGCACGAUUGUUCUCCGAAACAUCUCGGAGCGAUCGGAUAA